CCUGUGACCCACUACAUGUCCUUGUCAUUCUAAGCAGCGGAUUACUCAGGUGGGCGGAGUCGUUGUGAUGUCAGACACCUGAGGGAGCCUCCCAAAAGAGAGAGAAAGAACCUGCGUGCGUCAAAAUGUUCAGGGGAUUACAAGAAGAGCCAACAGACCGGCUUGAUGUGAUGCAGGCGUCCGCGUGAGGAGCAGGGCGAACAGGUCUUCUGAAGUGUCCGAUUUCAGGACUUUGAAGCAUGAACACCAACACCAGAACUACAAAUCACCAAGCUUCCAUAAACUGGUUCUCACAAUUCCAGGUGGACUCUGUUAUCCAGAAUGGUGUCAUUCCAGAAUGGUUCCAUGGAAUCAUCACCAGGAAGGAAUCGGAAAGACUGCUGAAGGAGAAGGCCCCCGGUCAUUUUCUGAUUCGCGUCAGUGAGAGCCGCAUUGGCUACACCUUGACAUACAGGACCAGUGACUGCAUCCGACAUUUUAUGAUCGAUGUUCUCAAUAACAGCCAGUACAAAGUGGUGGGCGAGACACAGGUUCAUAGUUCACUCCAGAACUUGGUGGACUAUCACAAGCAGAUCCCAAUUGUGCCAUUCAAUGAAGUUAUAACCAUCCCAUGUGGUCAGGCCAAGGGAGCUAAAGCCGAUUACGAGGAGCUGCUGUUCUCUGUUCAAACAACCCCACAAAACCUGAGAAGUGAGAAAGCGCCCAUCCAGUGUGAUCCAAACACGGCGAUAUCUCCACCUCCACUGCCCAGUCGCUCAUCCCCACACUUUAAUUGGAGUCAUCCAGGAGAUGUUGCCAACGGGCACGCUCGAGACAUUUCACCUUCUCUACCUGUGAACAGUCAGCCUUUCAUCCCCGGGAAGAGCCUCUACCCAUGUCUAAGUUUGGAGCUGGGCAGCCCGAGCUUCACUGCGGACGACAAUGCUCUCAACAGACCCCAACCUCCACCCCGAAACAGACCACUGAUGAUGAAGUCCAAAAGUGUGGAGCAGUUAGAUGUCCAGGGUCCAGCGCUGCCCCCGAGAAAUUUGAAACCUCUGUUUGGAUCCAAUUCCGACAUGACCCCAGGCCUUCUGCGUAAGGACCUCAAACCACCCAAUUUCCUCAACCUAAUCCAAAUUAAAAAAAAACUCCACAAGAAGAAAGAACCCAUAAACAGCCCACUUCCUGGAAUUCCACCAUGUCCAGCCCGAGGUGCUCCACCCAAAGUGCCACAGGCCCGUAUGACUAACAGAUGCCCACUGGAAGAAUGUGAAGAUGGAGGAAGGCCUCAGUAUGGGCCUGCUGAGGAUGGGUUUGGGAAUGACUGCCCUCCAAAAGCGAAGAGAACGAUUGAAUUUUCUCCUGAUAAUUCUGAUUACGGGGCUGGCGUCGUACAUCUGUGUGCCAAUCCAGAGGAGCAAUCGGACCCGGACCAUCUACCUCUGGAGUACCUGCAACCGCCGCCCUACGCCCCGGGCUACUACUGAACGUCGGGAGUCGAUGCUGAGAGGCCGGGUGGACGAGUUCCACUUUGAAAGACUUGAGUUGUAGCAUCUAGGAGUGGUUUUAAUUGUAGGACAUCUUUACAGAAAUGUAGAAACAAAUCAUUUAAUAUUUGGAAAUGUAUAAACUUAUUUAACAAAAACUGCUGAGAUUAAAAUUAUGUUUCAGGAACAGCUCAGAGGUGUUUCAACAGCAUGGCCACCACCUUCGUGGGAACUCAGGCCUGCAUCAGUGUGACUGCUGAAGAACAUUCUGGUGUGGAACUCUUGAUGACUGAAGCCCUGAGUCUUCUUUCACAGGACAGGAGGGAUUGUCCAGCUGUCCCGUUUCAAUGAGGAUUUACAUCCUGCAGUGGCCAUUCCUAAUGGCAGGCCAGUUGCUUUUGUCUGCACACUUUUGUUUUUCUGUUUUAAUUUAUUGAGUCUUGUAUCUACUGCGGCUCCUCCUAUAGACAUCCAUACAGUAGCUAUAGACCAGGAGUACUUAAAAAUUUUACUAUGAAGACUCAAAUAAGCAAACUUAAAUCCAAGAAGAAGUUUAUCUCCCUAAACACAGCAGAGCAAUACCAUAAAACUCAGUUUACGUUUUUGUUCAUUCAAUUAUGUUCCUUGAAGAGAACAGUGGACAGCAAACAUAUCUACUAUAUAAUAAAACACUAAAGUCUGUGUGUCCAGUCCCUCAAAGCAAUCUGAUUGGUCUGUUUAGCUUUGGUGUGAUUGGUCAGUUUGACAAAAGAGGAAGUGUGAGAGUGUGAGACGCACAAGAAUUAGUAAAGAUGCACACUGAGAGAGUCGCCUUUCAAAGAUGGAAAUUAUAAAACUGGAUAAGAGGUGAGAAAGGCCUCACUACAAAAAUACAGAUGGAGUCGUAGAAUUGCACUCAGAAGAGGGAGCAGAGGGGAAGAGGCAUUAGGAAAGGUGUAAGAGAGAGUCACCUUCGGAGACACAAAGUCAAAAACCUUGGAAACGAUCUGAGAAGCAGGCUUUACGGGAAUGUGUGCAAGAGAAGUGAAGACACGUUAGUGAAGGAGUAAGAGGCAUGCUGAGAGUCGCCUUCAAAGACAAAGUAAUAACACUGGACAGGAGGCGAGAAUGGUGCCUCGAAAAUACUGAUGGAGUCUGAGAAGUAGGCUUUACAGGAACACACUCAAAAACGGGAGACGUUCAGACACACGUGAAUACCGAGGAAAGGUUGCUGAAGGCACACGCAGAGCAAGAGAUGGAAAACAUUAUUAAAAUUAAUCUAUUUACUAUCUUUGACAGGUACUGUGGAUAGUUGUUAAUAAAACAAUAAAUAUUCAAGUCCAGGAA